UUUAUGGAAGGGAAAUCGCCAACUGACGAUCUGUUCGAUCGUCUCAAUACGAGAAUUAUGAACAAACAUUUGAACGAGUUGAUGGAGGGUCUUACAGCCAAAGUAUUCAGGAUUUACAACGCCUCGUGGACAUUACAACAGCAAUUAGAUAAAUUGACGAAUCCUGAUGACACUGAGGCCGAGAAAAUUUUAUCAUACAACAGAGCGAACCAAGCCGUUACAAUAUUGUGUAAUCACCAGCGCUCAGUCCCCAAAACACAUGCAAAAUCCAUGGAGAAUCUUAAAGCAAAGAUCGAAAGCAAGAAAGAAGCUAUAGCCGAGGCAGAACAGGCCGUGAAAGACGCUAACCAUGAAGCGAAACACGGAUCUGUUAGAGAAAAAGUUGUAUAUGAGAAGAAAAAGAAAACUCUAUUCGUUUAA